ACAGUGUUUCUACAGCUUCCAUGAAUUGAAGAAAAUCUGGAAAUCUGGUAAUCUGGUAACCCCACGCCUAUCGUAAAAUAUUGUAGCUCAGAGCAAAUACCGUCCCUGCCUGGCAGUGGGAGCAAUAUACGUGCUAAACCUUACUUCCUAAGUGCCUGUCUUUGAUACCGUCUUUAUUAUUAUAAUUAUUAUUUUAUUUAAUCGAAAACAUUUAUCCUGUACUGAAGGCGAAACGCAUCCAAGUAAACGAGUAAAAAACAGCUUUUAAGGCGAUUGUCUUUUAAGGAAAUUCAGGCACCUGUGAUGCAUUUUGUCUGCGACAAUCUGGCUUUCAGGACCCCGCAAAGAUGCAGGAGGAGCGAAGAUGGCGGAAAGGAGGAGGGAUGGACGGGUGAAAAAAACACAAACUAGUAGGAGGAACUGAAAUACUCAGUGUGACUGAACCACGUACUGAAUUAACUACAGUGCUGUGUUCGCAGGGACUGGAGGAUAAAGUACUUCGGAAUAAAAAUGUCUGGGGCAGGGUGCCGGACUGAAUGCACCUGGAAGAGACACAUAGCAGAGCAGCUGAAGCAAAGAGACCGGGUUCAGAGACAGGCUUUUGAGGAGAUUAUACACCAAUAUAAUAGACUGCUGGAAAAGUCUGACCUGCAAGCUGUUCUUUCAGAGAGGCUCCAGACUGAUAAAUUUGACAGCCACAGCAGACAUGACCUCAGCCCAGGUCAUGAUGGAGUGCGGAGUGAAGCCCUAUUACAGGAGAUGGCCCAGAUUAGGAUCAAACACCAAGAGGAGCUGACAGAGCUGCACAAGAAGCGUGGGGAGCUGGCCCAGAAUGUCAUUGAGUUGAAUAACCAAAUGCAACAGAAAGACAAGGAGAUCCAGGCAAAUGAAGCAAAGAUGGCAGAGUUCCAGCAGCGGAUCUCCCAGCUGGAGAGCGAGUGCAAAGAGUUGCGUUCGAACCUGCAGGACCUGGAGACGGCCAACCAGACCCUGAAGGACGAGUACGACGCCCUGCAGAUCACCUUUAGCGCUCUGGAGGAGAAGCUGCGCCGCACCACCGAGGACAACCAGGAGCUCGUCUCCCGCUGGAUGGCUGAGAAAGCACAGGAGGCCAACCAGCUCAACGCAGAGAACGAGAAGGACUGCAGGAGAAGACAAGCUAAGUUGCAGAAGGAACUGGCUGAUGCAGCAAAGGAGCCCUUGCAAUUGGACCUGGAUGAUGACAUUGAGGUCCUGUCCGACGAUACUGCUGAGCCCGGGGGGGAGACGUCGCCUGGGAAGGCCAUCACCCGCACACCUAGUAAACGCGCCUCUCAGCCACCCGGAGGCCUUCUGGACUCUAUCACCAAUAUCUUUGGCCUCUCUGAGUCUCCGAUUCUUGGACAUCGCACCCCUGAUAUCACAAGGCGUCGAUCUGUCAAUUCUUAUGGCAGCUCCCCUGAAAGCACAGAGGUGCACACAGGAGUGUGUGCAGAGGUCCGUGUGCCUACCACUGCCCUGCAUGUGUUUGAUGCCCAUGAAGGGGAAGUGAAUGCAGUGCGAUUCAGCCCAGGCUCUCGCCUACUAGCAACGGGGGGUAUGGACCGGAGAGUGAAACUAUGGGAGAUUGUUUCAGGUCGUUGUGAACUGAAAGGAGCUCUCACAGGCAGCAAUGCUGGAAUCACCAGUAUCGAGUUUGACAGCGCGGGCUCCUACUUGCUCGCUGCCUCCAAUGAUUUCGCCAGCAGGAUCUGGACAGUGGAUGACUUCAGACUGCGACACACUCUGACGGGUCACAGCGGGAAGGUGCUGUCUGCUCGCUUCCUGUUGGAUAACGCUCGCAUCGUCUCAGGCAGCCAUGACAGGACACUCAAACUCUGGGACCUCAGGAGCAAAGUCUGUAUAAAGACUGUGUUUGCAGGAUCGAGCUGCAAUGACAUUGUCUGCACUGAGCAGUGUGUCAUGAGUGGCCACUUCGAUAAGAAAGUCCGCUACUGGGAUAUCAGGGCAGAGAGUAUUGUACGUGAGUUGGAGCUGUUUGGGAGGGUCACAUCUCUUGACCUAAACCCUGACAGAACGGAGCUGCUCACCUGCUCCAGAGAUGACCUGCUGAAAAUCAUUGACCUGCGGACUAACACUGUGCGGCAGACAUUCAGCGUCCAAGGCUUCAAGUGUGGCUCCGAUUGGACGAGAGUGAUGUUUAGCCCUGAUGGCAGCUACAUUGCUGCAGGUUCUGCUGACGGCACUCUGUAUGUGUGGAACGUGCUGACGGGGAAAGUGGAGAAGGCGCUGGGAAAACACCACAGCUCAUCUAUCAACGCUGUGGCCUGGUCCCCCUCUGGAGCCCAUGUGGUCAGUGUCGAGAAGGGCAGCAAGGCCGUGCUCUGGUCUGAUCUGUGAUUGGACGAUUGACAGUCCCACCCGCUCCCCAAAUACACAGCUAAAGGAGUGCUGCUUUGUGUCUGGACCUCAGAAGAGCUUGGCGCUUCAUGUGCAAGCUUUCGUUAGACUGGAGGUGAAGGGACCAUCCUUCUGAUUUGUAUAUUACUUGCAAAUUGUGGCCGAUGUUCCUUCUACGACAAGCAAUGAUCUCUGGAACUGUAUCCCAGCUGUGUUGUUAUUUCAGAGAAUAUUAAUAUAAAUCUGUAUUGAAUGAUGUAGUGUGCAAAUCAGAAUGUAACCUGUUGUGAGGAAUAUCAUUUUGAAUUGUACAUUGAAUUUCAAGACACGA